AUGGAUGAAUUUCAAGAAACAAAGCUUCAUCCAAGACCAGAUUUUAUCAAGAAAUUAGUGGCCGUUGGAGACGGAGGAUGCGGGAAAACAUGUUUACUGAUUGUAUAUAGCCAAGGAUCAUUUCCAGAGAAAUAUGUUCCGACAGUUUUUGAGAACUAUAUUGCAAAUGUAUACUAUGGAUCAAGCAAUAAGAUUGUAGAGUUGGCUUUGUGGGAUACAGCGGGACAAGAAGAAUAUGAUAGGCUUCGGCCGCUAAGCUACCCAGAAAGCGACGUUAUUUUGAUUUGUUUUGCAAUUGAUUAUCCUCCAAGCCUGGAAAAUGUCACAGAUAAGUGGUAUCCCGAAGUCACACAUUUCUGCCCGGAUAUACCUAUUGUCCUUGUUGGCUUAAAAUCUGAUUUAAGGAGAAACCAAAAUGCAAUUAGACUUUUGAGAGCACAAGGCCUCUUCCCUGUUACAUAUCAGCAGGCUGUUGCAGUGGCGGAUGAAAUCAAAGCACAGUAUAUGGAAUGUUCUUCAAAAGAAAACGUUGGCGUCAAAGAAGUUUUUAAUCUUGCAAUUUCUUUAGCUAUAGGCCGCAAGCGGUUCCGAAAAUUACGCAAAAGCAUUUGCCAAAUCUUGUAA